AUGGGGAUAGACGAUCCGCGCUCCACUGAAGAGACGCAGAGGGAGGAGAGUAGAGCUACAGUCUCUCUGGGGGCGGCGGCUCGUGGGACGCCGCCACUGUAUGAAUGGGUGAUGCAUCGGGCUACUGAUCAGAGCCCUCCGGUGGGACUGGGUAACGGAUACGAGUCAUACGGUGGGACCAGAACUUACUGUAGUAAUACGCAGUGCAGUUCUCUGCGAAUGUUCAAGCUGUGCUUGUUCACCGAGAAUUCGACCAAAUAA